AUGGAGAAAAACCUUGGUGAGUAAAAACAGUAAUGUUAGAAGAAAGUGUAAGUGCUUAGGUCUGAGUAGGGAUGAAGUGAUUCAGCAAAAUCUGAAUACUGUUGUGUAUGGAGGCAUUAAGUGUUGAAUGAGCGACCAUCAGACAAUCCAAGUUAAGCAAAUAAAUUCUUUUUUUUAAAUAAGUUUGAAGAGUAACUCAUGUCUACAUAAUGUAAACUACUUACAACAGGUUACAUAAAAAAAGGUUGCAUGAGGAGACUAGGGUUCAGUAGUUUGUUUUUUUUUAAUUUUUUUUAAAGCUUAACUAAUGUUGAUUGUUCAUGUGUUUCUGUUGAUUGAUUUGUAAUCUUUUGCAGCGCCUUAUGUUGAUUUGUUGUUUUACCAUUUUCAUUGUCACAAUUGCUACUAAUAUUGUGUGGAUUUUUAAAGUCAUGUAUUCCUUUAUAUCAAUUUUGUAGAUUUGAAUAAACUAAGGUGUAGAGGGGUUAACAAUGAGGGUCCAAACAGGCAUUCUGAAAACAUUAAUAUUGAGCGCAGACACACACAAAAAAAAUCCUACACCUCUGACAUGAGUUGCCUGUAAUCUAGAAUGAUUACAUUCUUCCGGGCCAAAACCAGUCUAACAGGAAAUAUAAAUAGCUUCCUGUAAUGGAUCUAAAACACUUCACACGAGAAGUUUUCAUAUCCUUUGAGACUCGAAGCUAUUUUAUCCUCGGCACAUAAAUGCCAGUCUUUAAAUCAACAGGGAAGACAGAGGAAGAGCCUUUCUGCAUGUACUUAAUACAUUUUAAUGCGGAACAGAUUUGACUGUUAGAGGAAAGCAGGGUGAGAUUUCUGGUCAGACAACAAAGCCAUGGAAUGUGCAGAACAAGAUUAGACUAGUAUUCGUCUUUGGGGGAAGAGCCCUCAUCAACUCAAACAACAAUUUAACAGAAACUUCAAAAAGAUAUGCAUCACAGACAAAUCAGGUAUCAGGAGCAGGGGACGAGAGCAGGAAGUGUUAUGUAGUAAAGGGGCCACAAGCUGGAUUCAAACCCAGGUCACCCCUGUUAUGGGGUAUGCUUAGACUGCUAGGCCAACAAUGAACCCUGGUUACUGUAAUGGAAUUUGCACAAUGUAGGAGUUCUAGUUCAGUUGUUUUCUUUUUCAAGUUUCAUCCACGGGUCCGUGCUUGGCUUGUCGAUGGUAGCUUAAAGUGGAAUGUUAAACUGAGACUCAGCAAUACUUUCAUUUUGUUUGAUGAAAAGUGCAGAUUAUUUAGGAUUUGCUAUCCAGUAGUUUAAAAGAGUGAAAUGUGCAAAAUGUGGGUUUUGGCCAGUGUCAUAGACCACACUUUCCUUGGACACCAAGUCUUCCUCUUAUGUUUUUUCAAUGGUUUAAGGAGUCACAAUCAGAAAGACUAGGAUGUGACUUUUACUUCAGCUGAUAUGUCUCCACAGUUUCUCCAGUCAAGGCUAGGCUAGAUAACACAAAAAUAAACCAACUUUUAACACUUGAGUGUUGUCAGUAGUCUAAAAGAAAAAAAAAGCAUUUGUAUUCUCAGGAUAUUGAGUUACUGUGUUGUCUUGGCACUAAAGCUAUGUUGGCUCAUUGUAUUUUCCCCUCAGUCACAUUUAUAAGAAAAUUACUCAUGAAACUCGUGACAGUGGAUGACUCACUCUGCUUAGUAUUUUGUUGCUCUUAGCCCCUUUGUACUCGCCUGUGAGGCAUAUUGUUUGUGCCAUAGUCAUCCAAAAAUAUUUUUCCUGUUGUGGUCUGUCUCACAUGUCUGGAAUUGUAUGAACUCUCAAGUAAAAGAGAUUAAUAGAGUCAAAAAUAACUCUGACAGAAAGUCCCCCAGGAAAAACACAAGCAGGUGAGUCUCAUUCUUCCGUCAGUCACGGGACACCUGAAGUGAUAACCUUGUCUAACUACUUAAGCUGAUUCCAUACAAAAACUGACUGAAUGCUCCUCAGAAUCUUCUGCUGACUCCAUUUUUAUAAAGUUUUCCUUCUUGAAAAUGGUAAGAAAAUGCAGUAUCCUCCUGUCCAGAAAACAUCUCCACAAAGUUCUCAGUUUUGAGACCAACCAAUUGUUUCAAGAUGAUGUAAGUUUCUGGUAACAAUGCCAAACUUGUAACUUGUUGACAGGGAUUAGUAAUGAACUAACUCAUAACAACUCCUGCAACAGCAGCCUUUCAUCUGCGUGUGGUGAGUCACAGUUUCACUGUAAAUAAGUGGGCAUGACAUCGGCAGUACAAACCGAAAAUGAUAAUUUUCUCAGUCAUGUAGUUUAUUGCUUUAACUGUCACCAUGAUGUAGGUUAAUAAAAAGUCAAGCUUUUUCUUUCUUCAAGAAAAGAAAACUUUUAAAAUGUUUGCUUUUUGAAUGGAGUUCACGUCCAUCCUUUCUGAUGCAUUCAGCGAAGUCAGGAAAUCUAAACACUGAUUGUCCACAGUGACUCGGCAUUGAGCAGAUCAGUGUCUCUGUGUAAAUGUUUGAUUGAGAAGAGAUUAUCAGCUGAUUUACUAAAAGAAAGAAAGAAAUCCUCAUCAAGUCGGAGUUGGGAUGUCAUUAUGAUAGAUUGUGUUCUGCCUCCUUUUGCUCUCCAUACAGACUGUUUCUCCUGCAGAUACCCAGGUCUGUCAUAUAUGUUCAUAUUUGGUCAAUUUCUACUUUGUCUUUUAGGAGCAAAAGAGCACUUCACGCUGCGAGAGGUAAGAGUCAUCCUGGUUGGACGGAGAUGGGCAGGUAAGAGCUUAUCUGGAAACACCAUCUUGGGGUGGAACAGAUUCGAGUGUGGACGUACCAGGACGACUGAAUCUGAGGCGAGACAUGAGAAAGUGGACGGCAGGCACCUUGUUGUGGUUGAUGCUCCUGGAUGGAACAGCUCACACUCCCUGAAAGAAACCCCACAGAAGGACAAGCACGGGUUCAAACUCAAUGUGUCAAAAUGUUCGCCAGGUCCACAUGUCUUCCUGUUGGUGAUUCCCAUUGACUCAGCCUUCUGUACAGAGCAGAAGAAGAUCCUGGAGGAGCAUAUGAAGCUCCUGGGGGAGCGGGUGUGGAAGUACUCCCUAGUGUUGUUCACCUGUGGGGAUUAUCUUGGAGAGAGAACGAUCGAGCAGCACAUCGAGAGUGAGGGCAACGCUCUCAGGUGGUUGGUUGAGAAAUGCGGGCACAGGUACCAUGUGUUCGAUAACACCAAGAGGAAGAACUCAUCUCAGGUGACAGAGCUGUUAAAGAAGAUAGAUGAGAUGGUGUGGUACAACAACGGCAGUUAUUAUGAGGUAGACGAGCAAACACUUAACGUCAUCAAAAAGAAGCAACAAGAAGUGACUGAGAGAGCGGAACAAAGACAAAGGAGGGCCGAGGAACAAAGGCUGCAAAUGGAGAAACUUAUUCCAGGUGAAAUAAAUGCCUCCUGUGAUUUCAGAGUCCUACAUAAUAAAAAGAACAGUAUCAUAAGUUAAGAUAUAAUUUAGGCACCUUCAAUGUUAACACCUGAGGUUAAAUCUUAAAGGAGUUUUGAUUAUAAUCAUAAAUGUCUGAUUUAGCCUUUGUUGGAGGAGUGCUGGGAGCCAUGAAUGUUUGCAGGGCAAGUGCUCAAUCAGCAGCCAUGCAGAUAUCUUCUGUAUGACGUUGUCAGGAGAACAUGUCUGCCAGAAAGAAAAAAUAUUUAAGUGAGCAGCUAAAUAGUGAAGUGAGGUAGUCCAAAUCAACCUUAGCUCCUACUGCUCCAAAUUCAAGUGUUUCGUUGAAAUUCUGGGGACUUUUCCAGCAAAGAUGAAAAACAAAAUUCGGGAGUCAAGCUUCAUGAAGAAAGAUUGGAGUAUAUUUACUGGAGGUGACUGAAAAAUGUAUAGAAACCAAAGCAGUGGGACCACUUUUAUUCUGUUUAUUAAAGUUUUCCAAAAUUCCUUGUUUUGCGGUUUUGAGGUAUAAUAGAAUCAGAAUCAGAGUUACUUUAUUGAUCCCAAACUUAUAGUGUUACAGCAGCUUUUUCCUAGUGAGCCAAGACAAUAAAAGAAUAAAAAGAUAAAAUGAUGCAUAUCAAGAAAUUACCUUAAUAAAAGAAUAUAAAAAAAUUUGUAGUAUAUACAACUCUCAUUUUCCUUAACUUUCUUUACAUUAAAUACAGAAUAUAACACUUAUUGGGCUUGGUAAUGAUUACUCAUGAUUACUUUAAUACAGACUUUUCAACAGAAUUGAGUCAUUUGCAUCAUCCUUAUCAUUUGAUUGAAUAAAAAUUAAUUCCAUUCCUCCAUCUGCUUGUAAAAUACUGCAUAUUUCAGUAGUGCUGGAUAAAAAUGUUAAUUCUUCUGUCCUCUAUUGUCUGAAUUAGCAAACUGCAAGUCUGAGAAUGCUGGAUUGUAAUCUGAAAUGAGGAGAGGGUGAUAAUUAGCACCUAGAAAUGAGUUUUGAAUUGAUAAAAAACUUGUCCCUGUACAAGGGACAAAAAUCUUCUCUGCCUCUGGAAAUACUGGCUAAACUAGAUGAUAUUUAAUUUAUGAUAUAAUUGCUUAUUUUGUACAUAAAGACAUGGAACUGGAAAUGACUGACCACAUGCAGCUACCAAUGAUAAAGUAUUUGUAAUAGACAACUAUGCAGUCCAGAAAUUUCAAAACUCAGAACUAGUAAAUAUUCCAAUACACAGCUCAGGCAAGUUUAAAAACAAUAAACAAUUUUAUUUUAUCCAGAGUUUUACUAGUUUUUAAAACCACCAGUUUUCUACCAACUCAUACUACUCAUCUUAUUUUGAAUCAAAGACACAUUUGUUAAACCUGGGUAAGAGCAACAAUGGCCUAAAACUGUGAACUAAUGACUGCAUUGAUAUAUUUUUGUUGCUCAUUAAAUGAUUAGGUGAAUUGCUCCGGCAGAAGUAGUUUGGAAACUUCAAUAAUCCUAAUUAAUGUCUGAAAACCCAAUGACAAAUCCAGUUUUAUUCUGUCUCGCAGUGGAUAUGAAACCCAUCCCGAAGCUGCAGAUCAUUCUCUUGGGAAGCAGAAAUGUUGGAAAAACCUUGUUGGGAAAUGCCAUCUUGGGAAUAAAAGAGCACGAAGAUGGAGAGAGAACAGCACACUCAGUGGCCCGGCACGGUUGUGUGGGAAAAACGGAGAUAACUCUUGUUGACACACCAGGAUGGUGGAAAGGUUUCCCAGAGUGUGAUACUCCUGCAGCGAUCAGGGAGGAACUGAUGGGCAGCAUGUUUCUGUGUCCCCCUGGGCCUCAUGUCUUCCUGCUGUUGAUAGACUCUGAUACAUCUUUCACCACCAAAAACUUAAAUGCAGUGAAGACACACACAGAGCUUCUGGGAGAGGGAGUGUGGCGGCACACCAUUUUAGUUUUCACCAGAGGAGACUGGUUGGGAGCACAUAGCGUUGAAGAGUACAUUGAAGGUGAAGGAGAAGCCCUCCAGUCUCUGGUUGACCUGUGUGGAAAUAGAUAUCAAGUCAUUGACAACAAAAACGCAGAUGAUGGCACUCAAAUCUCAGAGCUGCUGAGGAAGGUCACUGCUACACUGGCUGCAAAUAACUGGGGCCAUUUUGUCCCUGAUGAGAAGAUAUAUACCACCAUUGAAGAAAAAAGAAAAAGAGUGGAGGAAGGAGCAAAACGGAGGCAAAGCUUCAUCAAGGCCAAAUCAGAUACCCUCAAAGGUAUGAAACAAUUACUCCAUCUUAGAGUCACAAAUCUGGUGUUGUUAGAGUAGUUUCACAAGGAAUAACAAGGGGUAAAAGUAAGAAUAAUAGAGAACUAUAAACUGUCAGGAGAGUUUUACUGAUGCAUUUGGUACAUUGGGACUGAUUAAGUCUGUUUGCAUGGUGGACAAUUGAUCACACAACAAAAAAAUCAUAGUAAUAAAUUAUGUUUUUGUGUUCUGCUCUCCACCUAAAGGUGAAAAACUAUUAUCAAAGCCACUGUCUUCCAUUAAAUUCAGUUUCCUUUUAACAUGGUCAUUUUCACCUCACUCCACAUCUGCCUGCCUCGAAUGACGAACACACUAGCAUUUCUGGAGUUGGUGCAACAAUGAAGGCAUACUGAGUUUACCAGCAGUCAAUCAGUUUUCCUGAAAACCUCUACAGAGUUAGAUGGACUGUAGGCAAUUUGAAAAUUUUAAAUAUUCACUGAAUCUUAGUGGAUAUAAAGUGUUAUGUGUUGUCAUAUGGGUCAAGUUAUUUUCCCAACUAGGAUUGUUGGGGAACAGACCUUCAACAGGUUUUUAACUUGAAUGUUGAUCUCGAUUAUUAUUUACAUCUGGUUUGACCAACAGAACUAUCUGAGACCUAAAUCAGCUUCAAAAACCCUUAUUGGCAUUUACCAUGAUGUCUCCUUGACACUAGUAUCCCAAAUGAAGACAUCCUGGUGUUAAACUGGUGUAAACCCAAGCAGAACAAAGUUCCAUGUCUGACGAUUAUUUGCCACCUUAUUGUAUCAUGAGUAGACAUAUUUUCUUUUGUAAUUAAUGCUAUAUAGUGCCAGUGGCACAUAAGAAAACUGGCUAAAAGACAGAGGGCUCUAUUUGCAUUCCUCGCUGGCGGCGUGGCGUAGGCGCGGCGUAAGUUAGGUCCACCACGCUGACAAGGCAUGCCCAAGCACAUUUUGGUAUUUUGGUGAGCAGCGGCAUAGAGGAGAGAGGGUGUGGAGUGGGUUUAACACAGCCGAGACCUUUGUUCGCCAAUCAGAUCAGCUACUCUCCUCAACUUUAAAUCUGCCACUGGCUGAAUAUUAUGAUAUUCACAUGUAGGCUUAAAGUAAAUAACUCAAAUGAUCACUAAAAUAAUCAUCUGUUCAGCCACUGCAGCAGGACAGGGAGAAGACACGGACACAUGUCCAGGUCGAGUUGCGCGAGAAAUAAGAGGAAGCGGAAGAUAGAAAUAGAUAGAUAUUUAAUUUAAUUUAAUGCGGUUUCAGCUGUGUUAAUUCGGUCAGGUUGAGUGUCUAAACGCGUGCCAAAUGCACUCAUUAGAUCAAAUAUAGAUCAGAAUAUAUCUAUAUAGAUCUAAAUGUAUGUGCUGACUCUGAUUAUUAGUUGUUGUUGAUUAUUUAUUACACUUAAAUGUGCCUGGCACCAUGAAAACCUGCCGGUGAGGCACCAGUAACAUAUGCGCACUACGCCGCCAGUCUACCAAAAUACCAAUAGACCAGGUGCACUCUGUAAUUUCUACGCUGCGGGCGGGCACAAAAAUGUCACUGCACCGGUUGAUUCUGUCGACACCUCCCCCGCUGCGCCACCAGGCCCAGCUUGGCGGACCUCGGUGGGCCUCAGUCAACGAAAAUACCAAACUAGCUGUAUGCCGGGCUCCACCAGAUGAAAAUACACCAUCCUCCGCCAUCCUCCGCCGUGCCGCUGGGGGGGCACUAAAAUAGAGCCCAGGGUCUGUAAAGCGGCAGUAGCUCAGGAGGUAGAGCGGUCGUCCAAUAACCAGAAGGUUGGCAGUUCGAUUCCCCCCUAAUCCAAGUCUGUCCGUUGUGUCCUUGGGCAAGACACUUAACCCACCUUGCUCCCAGUGUGUGUCCUCCACUGGUGUAUGACUGUGAGUGUUGUGUGGUGGUGGUCGGAGAGACUGUAGGCGCAGAAUGGCAGCCACGUUUCCGUCAGUCUGCCCCAGGGCAGCUGUGACUACUAAGGUAGUUUACCACCACCAAAGUGUGACUGUGUGAGCGAAUGAAUGAUGUAUCCAAUGUAAAGCGCUUUGAGGGUCUCUGAUAAAGCGCUAUAUGAAAUCUGAUGCAUUAUUAUUAUUAUUAAAUGCUUAUUGUGGCUACCUACAGCUUCAUAAAUAAAAGCAAUUUGCCAAUACUGUAUGCACUGAGCUGGUAUAUGAUCUGAUAUGCUUUUUCCCUCUUUAAUGUUUUCUUCUCAGGUUCAAAGAAUCAAUUGCAAGACAUAAGGAUAAUGAUGCUCGGCCAAAAGACAGUUGGCAAGACUGCAACAGGAAAUAACCUCCUGCGUACAGAGGUGUUCCCCACCUGUCAGAAUGAGCAGUGUCACAUGGAGAAAGCAAAGGUUGCUGACAGAGUGAUCACAGUGAUUGACAGCCCUGGCUGGUGGAUGAAUCCCUCCAUUGGCACUGAAGAGAUUGACAGGGAAAUAGUUAGAGGUAUGUCCUUGAGUCCUGUGGGGGUUCAUGCAGUUCUGGUGGUCAUCCCUGUGGACCUGACAUUCAGAGAACCUCAACAGGCUGCCUUGGAGGAACACAUGAGUCUCUUUGGUUCCAGUGUCUGGAAGCAUGCCGUUGUUCUGUUCACAUAUGGCGGAAGACUAGUAGAUAAAUCAGUAGAGGAGCACAUUGAGAGGGAGCACAGUGCUCUACAAUGGUUAGUAGACAAGUGUGAAAACAGGUAUCAUGUCAUGGACAAUAAAAAGAAAAAUGAUACCACUCAGGUCAUUGAGCUGAUUGAGAAGCUCGAGGAAAUGGUGGCAGGAAACAACGGCCGGUUAUUCUGUCCAGAUGAGAACGACAUCCAGGAGAAACUGGCCGAAAAGAACCAAAGGAGGCAGAUCAGACUGGUGCUGAAGCAGGUCUUUGAGGAAGAGUACAGAAAGAGGGAGCGGAAUCUGUUAGUGGGCUUCAGAAAUACACUUCUUGAUCUGCAAUCGGACAUCAAAGAAAGUGCAUCAGGCGUUGCACCAAAGUCAUCAAGUAAGUAUCAUACAAUAGCAAGGCUGAUUGUUUUUUUUUUAACUGUUUUGGUGGGUGACCAAAUAGAUGAACUGAGAGACAGCCCAAUAGAAACAAGUUGAAAUGAGGCAUACCGCCACCUAACCUAGUGGCGGUAGUAUAGGUCAGUAGGUACAUCCUCGUUAAAUAUCUUUACUUUAAUCUCAUCUUUUUGUUGAUUUUCAGUUCUUGACCUCAGCCGAAUAAAAAUCAAGGGCAUUCGUCAGAACAAGAGAGAUGAGAAGGAGGAAAACCUGGAUGCCAAGAUCAGCCAAGAAAUUGAAAACCUGAACAAGGACAUAAUGAGAUCCACAGCUCUCCAGGACGGCAGCAUGGAUGUCUUGAUUCCAAACUGUAAAGAAAUUUUUUACUUUAAUCCCUUGUUUGAACAGCAGUUAUCAGCAUGAUGUAAUAGACUUGUUUUUUUUUUCUCUCUGUUUAAUUUACAGUUAAAGGGGAGGGUCCAGAAUCAACUACUCCUCCGUCUUUGUCCAACAGAAGGUCUUCAGAUGACCAAGUGAAUAAAGUUCUGGGUUGGCUGUCCAAAAUUCAGAUCGGCACAAAUGCUGACAACCAGCUGACCCUCAACUUUUCUCAGUCAUCAGGAUACAGAUCAGUGCUGCCCACUGACCACCAGGACUGUCAAAUGGAAGCAGAUCUUAAUGAAUGA